GCCAUGUAUGUCCAUGAGGAAAGGCCAAUGUUGGACUACCCUUAUCCGCUCAACCCUCUGGCCAACAACUAUGGCUACUAUCCACAAGAAUGGAAGGACUCAAUCUGCCGGACUCAAGCUUGGGACAGUGGCAUGAUUAGCCGUGGCGAGGCAGAGUUGACCUCGCUUCCGGUGCAUGUGGCGCUUGAAGGACGUGAGCUAUGGGACAAAUUCAGCAGUAUUGGUACGGAGAUGCUGAUCACCAAAACGGGCAGACGCAUGUUUCCCAGCUGCAAAGUCACAGUGACGGGGCUAAACCCUAAAGUCAAGUACGUGGUGAUGAUGGACAUGGUGCCGUUUGAUAAUAACAAGUACAAGUGGAACAGGGACCACUGGGAGCUGAGCGGUACAUCUGAACCUCACCUGUCCAGCCGCUUCUUCAUCCACCCUGACUCCCCCGCUCUGGGCGAGAGGUGGAUGCAGUACCCCAUCUCCUUCCACAAGCUCAAACUCACCAACAACACACUCAACUCCAACGGCCUGGUGGUCCUACAUUCCAUGCACAAGUAUCAGCCUCGUCUACACAUAGUCCAGGCUCCUGACCCCUGCAGAGCCCAGCCCGGAGCCUACCUGCGAUUCACCUUCCCAGAAGCAGCCUUCAUAGCAGUCACAGCCUACCAGAACAACGAGAUCACAAAGCUGAAGAUUGACAACAACCCCUUCGCCAAAGGCUUCCGUGACAACGGGCUAAACAGGAAAAGGUUCAGGGAAAAGGAUGUCCAGGGUAAACAAGGAUCUGGACAACAACAGAACAAGACACAAAACCAUCAAGCAGGGCCCUCCGACACUGAUGAGGAAGCAGAUGAAACGGUCUCCAGCUCAGUGGAAUCCCGCAAUGUGUUACACCCACAUGACAUGAAAGCUCCACCCACGGCCACCUCCAACCCUUUCAUUUCAGCCUUUAUGAAUGGAGGUGUUGGACAAGAGGUCUGGACCCAAAGCCCGACGUCCCAUCAACCUCAGCACACGCUUAACACCAAUAACAGAGACUCCAGCAGGCCUGAUGCAGCCAGACUCUCCAGUCUCCAGUACAUGUGUGCCUCUUUACCAGCAGCCCACAUCACCCAAUCCCACUCACCCAUCACAGAACUGAAUUUGCCUGGACUUCCAGGCCAGGGUGGCCGUACACUGGUGGCGCCCCAACAGCAGCAGCACAUUCAAGGGAUCCACAGCCCAGCUGCCCACCAGGCUUACCCCAUCCAGGCCAAACUUCACCAGCCACAGCCACAGCUACAGCCUCACCCUCGGCCUGACCUGGACCAAUCCCUCCCUCUACCCCCCAAGCUGAGCCGAGUGAAUCUGCCUGAAAACGCCCUACGGAGCCUGGAAAUGGGCUCGGUCUUGGACCACCUCAACCCACGGCCACUGUCCAACAUCCUGAACCGGAUCCAUGCACGGGCUGAGGCCUCUGGAAACCCAGGCAAGGCUGUGCAAGGUCACCCCCAACAUGACCAACUGCCCUCGGGGUUGGAAAGGGACACGAGACCUCCAUUUUUCCCAUCUGCCCAGGACUGUGGUACAACACCAUAUGCCGACCAAUGCAGCAGACCAUCAGAGUGGCAAGGUUUCCACGGGGACACGAGUGAGAGACAGUUCCGCUGA